UGUAAUCAGUUAAAUGUUGUCUAUAAUUUAAGGUGAAAUUUCACAACAAGUUAAUCAAUGUCAUAAAAAUCAAAUCUACACUAUAUGAACAUUUAAUUUACAAAAGACAGCAAGAUAACAAGCUUUGACGAAUUAGCUUUCAUGAUGUAGAAUAAUUUAACCGUUAUUGAUUCAAAUCAUGAAGCAUCUUGGAUUAACUAAACGUGAGUUCAUUCAGUAUACACGGACUACACCACCAAAUGCUUUAAAACAUGGAGCCAUAGAUGAAGUAGUGGAUGUGUUAGUGAAACAUUAUGAGAAAUAUGAAGAUGACCGAAUCAAGAAUUUAGCUCAAAUUGAACGUAGACGUAUACGUAAUCUGGAAGCAGAAGCUGAUCUAAAGCAGCUAUAUUUGCGCUUAAAGCGACCACCUAAAAGCCAGACUAAGAAGUCAACCAGAAAAUCUAUAAAGACAUCCAUACAUUUGAUAAAUAAACAUAAACCGCGGAUGAAUCUGCCGUCUGAUUCUGACAAAUGUAAAAAAAUACUGGACAGUAAUCUACCAGCUGUGAAAGAAGAGGAAAAUUCAGAUCAUCAAGAUAAUAAAGAUGCUGGUGAAACCCAAUCAAAUCGGCUAAGGGAAUAUGAUCCAGAUGCUUGUUUGCAUUUACCUCUUGGUAUGGUGAGAAAUCCAACUCCAAGAACAAGGAGUUUCUUAGCAGCCGAGACUAACGAAUCUCUUUAUGGGAUGGCAAGUCAAAUAGUCUAUUCAUCGUCCGAAGAUCAAGCACAAAAACGCUAACAAGAAAAAAAGCAACUACAAUUCAGUCAAUAGAAUACUGUAUGACGGAUGCUUCUAUCAAGAGGGUUUUUAUUUACAAUUUAGCUUUAGACUGAUCUUACUGACUGUUUAAAAAAUCACACGUAGUCAAAAUCCGGACUACAGUUUUCAAUAUUUUUUAUUUUCAGUCCUGUUACUGAGAGCUUAAUAAAUUUAUUUCAUUGAGG